CGUAACUGCAGGUAAAGUCAGUUCAUUUCCUUGUUCGUCUCCGCUGUGUGAGCUGCGCACACAGUGUCGCCUGAACAGAACACACCUCGUCAAUGGUAAUCAACAUCUCACGAUAUUAUAAACGUUAAGUAUUUUUGUUGAAAUAUAUUCUCUGAGGCACAGUGAGAAACUACUUUGGGAGCAUCCUCGGGUCAUGGCGAGCACAGCUCCCGCUGAGAACGUGGACCGUGAGUUGAGCUGCUCCAUCUGCCUGGACACGUUUGACUGCCCCUCCACGCUGAGCUGCGGCCACUCGUUCUGCCUCCAGUGCCUGGAGGACGCCUGGAAGGAGACAGACUUGUACUGCUGCCCGCAAUGCCGCAAGACCUUCCCUCGACGACCCCAGCUGACUAGGAAUGUGACGAUCGCCAAUCUCAUAGAGCAGCUGCGAGUGACUGAGACCAUGGCUGCUGUUUCUUUUGCUGCUGGUGUUGUUUUCUGUGAAAACUGCCCAGAAGGAAAGACGCCUGCAGUGAAGACCUGCCUCAAGUGCGACACGUCCUUCUGCAGGGAGCAUCUUGUGCCUCACCUGGAGAAGAAAAAGUUUAAUGACCACGUCCUGGUUUCACCAAAUGUGAACCCUGAAGUCCGCAAGUGCAAGAGGCACAAAGAAGAGCUCAAGUUCUACUGCAAGCAAGAUCUCAGCCUCGUGUGCAGGGACUGCACCAUCGCCGGUGACCACACGGGUCAUAAAUUCAUCACACUGGAGGAUGAGCAUCAGACACGGAAGAGUGGAGUUGGAGAGGAGACGCGAGCAGUGGAAAAGAAGAGGAAGAAGGCAGAGGCGUCCGUAGAACGGAUGAAAGCCACUCGCAAGGCCGUGCAGGAUUGCAUGGUCCAGACCAAGGCUCAUAUCUCAGGCGAGUUCGCCCGCAUGAGGGCGAUGCUGGAUGACGAUGAGAAGACGGCUCUGGAUCGCGUGGAUGUGAAGGGGGGCAAGCUGCUGUCCCGGAUCGAGGAGAACAUCGCUCAUUAUGAGCGCGAGAUCAGCGACCUCAAGGCAGCAGCCACGCGCCUGCGCGCUCUACAGGAGGAAAGGGACUCACUCACGUUCCUGCAGGUGCACCUGAAGGAGACAAACCGGAGAGGCGCUCAGAAGGAAGCUCCACACUCAUCUCCCAGCAAAGAAGAUAUGGCCACGAUUGGCGCACAGCAGGGAGCUCUGAUCAAACUGCUGCCAUUCAUGUACGGACGCUCACCGACUCUGGACCCAAACUCGGCCCACAACGAACUUCAGAUUUCCUGGGACCUCAGGACGGUGACGCGGACCGCUGUCUCCCAGGGUCUCCCCAAUCACCCACACCGCUUUUAUGCCUGGUCACAAGCCCUGUGCUCCGAGAGCUUCUCGUCGGGUCAGCACUACUGGGAGGUGGACUUGGGGGGUGCGACGGGGAGCUGUAUGGUUGGAGUCGCGUACGGAACGAUCGCACGGAAAGGGAGUGGUAAAGAGUGCUUGCUGGGACACAACGACUCGUCCUGGGUUUUACGUAUAGAUAACAACUGCUCAGUGCGUCAUGGUGGUGUAGAGACCUCAGUGCCGGUGAGGGAUCCUCCCCGGAGAGUCGGGUGUCACCUGCACUGGGAGGCGGGGCUGCUGUCAUUUUACCGCGCAGACUCCAUGGAGCUGCUGCACUCCGUCCACCGCUCGUUUAGUCAACCGCUCUAUCCCGCACUGUAUGUGUGGGGUGAUGGUAGCUCAGUGAGGAUUCUGGAUCUGAGUCGUGCGUCCUGAGAGCACGGAAUGUGAGCAGCGCAGAGAAACGGGCUCAACGUACAGACUCAUGCACCCAAAGACACAGAUCCCCCGUGCAGCCUAAACAGGCUGUUGGGGCAAGUGCUGUCAGCGAGCAUCUAUGAAGGCCGGCAUGGCACUCGAGGGGGUGGGUUGCCAACACCGCGCCCGGCCGCCUCUGUCUCCCCAGUGUUGAUGUUUACACACUGUACCAUAAACUCUUCAGGCUGAGUAGACCUAGGGGAGGCCCAUGACCGGUUCACCAGCACCAGUGACGAUUGUCACAAUCGGUCCAGGCUCUCCCCUAGGUCGACUGAGCCUCAAAUGAGUACCUGCUGCGAUGUGCAAACAUCGCCACUGGGGAGAGAAAGGCGGGUCGGGCGUUGUGCUGGUUACCAGAUCCCUCGUGUGCCACAGUGCCAGCCUUCAGAGGUGCUACUGACAAACAGCACUUGCCCCUACAGUCUGUUAAGGCUACACGGGGGAAAUUUUUCUUUGGGGUAGUGGGUUGGUCUGUAUGCCUUUGUCUGUGUGUGUUUCUUUGUUACUGUGUCUGUGUGUGUCUUUGUGUCUAUUUUUGUUUUGGUGCUGGCCACAGGCUCUGCUACUUGCUACGAGCAGCCCUUUCCCCAACAGUCUGUGAAGGCUAAAUAGACACGCACACAGAUAUACACACACACUCACAUACAUACACACAGACACACUAUCACACGCAGAUACAAACACACAGAUACACACAGAUAUACAAAGAUCCCCCGUAUAGCACGAACAGACUGUUGGGGCAAGUGCUGUUAGCGAGCACCUAUGAAGGCCGGAACGGUACACGAGGGGGUGGGUGGCCAGCACCACGCACGACCGCCUUUGUCUCCCCUGUGGCGAUGUUUACACACUGCACCAGGAACUAAUUUGAGGCUGAGUCGACCUAGGGGAAGCCCAUGACCGGUUUACAAACAUCAUUGAUAGCGAUUAUAUGAAUCGGUCUUGGGUCUCCCCUAGGUCCACUCAGCCGCAAAUUACUACCUGGUGCAAUGAGUAAACAUUACCCCUGGGAAUCCAAAGGCAGGUCUCUCCCAGGCUGGCCUUCAUAGGUGAAACUCACUAACAGCACUUAACUCUACAUUAUUUAAUACUCUAAACGCAUGUUUCUAAAUGUGGAGGAAAAAACCGGAGGACCCGGAGAAAAUUCCAUGCGACUACGGGGAGAACGUGCAAACUCCAAAUAUACAGGUGUCAGGGUCGGUAUUAAACCCAUGAACUCAUGAAUACGAAGCAAGACAGAUAACAUCUCUCCACCUGAUGCUGGCCGAAUAUAUUGGGUUUUUUUACGGAACGUAUGUAUGUUGUCAAUGUAGUCAAUGUAGUAUAGUGGUGUCGUGUAUCGUAGUUUAGUGUAAUGUGUAGUGUAUAAUAGUGUAUCGUGUGUGGUGUGUAGUGUAGUGUAUGAUGUGUCGUCGUGUAGUGUAUAUUAGUGCUGUAUAGUUGCAUGCAUGUUGAACUUCUUUCGCACCAUAC